CGGAGUACGAGGUACUGCUUAGCAUCAGUACUCUAGAUUAUAGGGGGGUAUACUCCAUGGGGACCGUGACUGCCAGGGUGCCUGUGUUCCUCUCCAGCGAUGAUCUGCACAGAGCAUCGUCAAUUGACCGGCUGGUCUUCGGCCUCGUUUUAACAUCAUAAUCGGAGAGCCGAGUAGUCGACAUACCAUGUCUUCUCAGCAGAACAAGAGCGUGGCUAGCUCGCGCUUUGAGCUACUGCCUGCCUUGAACCUGAAUUUUGGCAGCAUCACCGACGGCACCGAUAUUCCUCCACCGCCGGAGUCCCCGACUGAGCCGACGAUUACGCCGGCGAGGACGCCCAAAACCAGUGAUGAGAGCAUCGGCAGCAAAGAGGCGACUUCAACAACAGUAGCGGCCCAAAACAAAGUUGACACGACGAUUCCCGAAGACGCGCCGCCAAGUCCUGUCAUCUCGGGUCAACAGGGAAGCGCCUUUCAAGAUAACGGGCGCACCUUUGCCAAUGUGUAUCGCCCACAAAGCCAGAGCGGCUCCAGCUUCGCAGACUCGGAGAAGAAGCGAGCGAGCGGCUGGUUCAAGCGCCUAAGAACGGGAGAAAACCAGUCAAGGAGGCGCUCGAGUCUCUUAACCCUUGACCAGCCGCAUAUAUCGACGACACCGAAGCCGAAUUCCGAUAAACCGCCUCCCAAGAUUCCCAAGCUAGUACAGCUCGAGAGCGACAAUGGCAGCUUUGGAUCAGACUUAUUUGAUAACAUUAAAUAAUAAUUAGCAUAACCUUCGACAUAGACCUUUGUUUUACAGAUGUGCUAUUUUUCGCCUUUUGUUUCAGAUUUAUAUAUACAUGGAAUUUAAAUCUCGCUGGCUUAAUCUACAAUUAUUAAUAUAGCCAAUACAAUAUCUCAGAAUCGUUCAAAUACAUGUUGUUGAAGCCCG